AUGGCUCCGCUCCAUGUCCAAAGGUGUACAAAGAAACAAGAAGACUCAAAUGGGGUUCAGCUGCCUCUCAAGAAGAAGACCGGUUCAGAUACAAGUUCUUCUGCGUCUAGUACAACCACCGUAAACAAAAACAAGACCAAGCUCAUCAAACCCACCUCCGCCUCCGCCGCCGCCGUCACCGGUGCUGCCAUUGUUACCAAGCUAACCUCCAAUAAAAACUCGACCAAAGCUACUAAACUUCAAGAGAAACCUAUUGUGAAGAAGCUUAAUUCGACUUCAAAACCUUUGAAUCUUACAAAACCCACCUCUAAACCAUUGAAUUCGAUAUUAAAAUCUUCGAAUUCCACAAAACUCACUUCCAAAGCUACGAAUUCCACAAAACCCACUUCCAAAACUGCAAAUUCCACAAAACCCGUUUCCAAAACUACAAACUCGACAAAACCCGUUUCGAAAACAACAAAACCCACGUCCCUUUUGAGCCAAAAAUCGAUAGAUCCAGUGAAAAAGAAUAAGCCCAACACAACAGAGAAAAAGACCAAGUCAACGAAACCAGUCGGUGGUUUGACUUACCGAGAAGAUGAUGAAGACGAUUUCGUUUCAGAAUUCCGAGAUCUGCCUUCAAGAUUUCAAGAGACAUUACUCCCGGAUUUAGAAGUGAUUUCAACGACUUCAAAAGCUUAUCUAAACAAAGCCAAUAAGCAACUCUCCAAAGGGUUUAAUCCCAUUGUAGGGAAGAAAUAUGCUCCCAUGGUUGCUUCCGUUAUCUCAUUUGCAUUCAUUUUAAUCCCAUUUCUUCUCGUCUCCCUCAUCUUCAACCGAAUCAAAGCCUAUUUCUCACUUCAAAAACUCAUAAUCUUCAUCCAAAUCUACCUCGCGAUCUACUUCUCAAUACUCUCACUCUCUUCACUCGUCACUGGCCUUGAGCCAUUGAAGUUUUUCUACGCGACUUCGCAGUCGACUUACAUAUGCAUUCAGGUGUUGCAAACUCUCGCAUAUGUGUUGUACCUUUUGGUUCUCUUGAUGUACCUUGUGCUUGUUUUUUCAACGGAAUCGGGCAUGGUGUCGAAAUUACUGGGUCUUGGCCAGACGUUUGUGGGGUUCGCUGUUGGGCUUCAUUAUUACAUGACGGUGUUCCAUAGGGCGGUGCUCCGGCAACCACCGAAGACUAGCUGGAAGGUUCACGCUGUUUAUGCCACGUGUUUUCUUUUGAUUUGUUUAUUGGGUACAGCGGAGAGGAGGAAGAAAGCGUACGUGGUUGAUGGCAGCGAGGAAGGCAAAAAGAGUUGA